UUAGAUAAUUGGGAAGCUGUUCUCUUCCAGCAUUCUAGUAAAUGCUUAUCAAACCAUUUCUAUUUUUACUCAUCAGAUAAUGGAACUACAACUUCAGUUCAACCAUCAGGAGUGGAUGUGGCUCUCAAGCACAUACAAACAUUUUCAUUGGUCAUCUACUGUGCAAUAAUUGUGUUUGGGACUGUAGGUAAUGGUCUGGUCAUCUACGUGACAGGCUUCAAGAUGAAGAAAACUGUCAACUCGGUGUGGUUUCUCAACCUGGCUCUGGCGGACUUCCUCUUCACGGCUUUCCUGAUUUUUUCAGCAGUCUCUCUCUCCCAGGAGCUACACUGGCCCUUUGGAAAGUUCAUGUGUAAACUCAACAACUUUGUGAGUUUAGUUAACAUGUUUGCCAGCGUCUUUUUUCUGACAGCCAUAAGUGCUGAUCGUUGUUUGUCCAUCUGGGUGGUGGUGUGGGCACAAAACAAGCGCACUGUCCGUAAAGCUCAGAUCAUGUGUGCUGUAAUCUGGUUGGCUGCAGGGAUCUUCAGCACACCUUAUGCUAUCUUUCGUACUGUGUACACUGAUUACACAAAUAAGACCUUCUGCACGUACCAUUUAACCACAACAAAAGAACAAAUAUUGACUUUGUACACAAUCCGCUUUCUUGUGGGCUUCCUCAUCCCAUUCCUGGCAAUACUUUUCUCAUAUGUGGCCAUAGGGAUCCGUGCUAGGCGUCUUCAGAGGACGAGACAACGGAGAUCCCAACGGAUCAUUUUCUCCAUCAUUUUUGCAUUCUUCAUCUGCUGGUUGCCCUUUCAUGUUUUGAGUUUCAUAGAAACAAAGGUCAAUGAUCACCAAUAUCUCCGGAGCAUUGUUCAGAUUGGAGGUUCUCUAACUGUAAGUCUUGCCUUCAUGAACAGCUGCCUGAACCCCAUUCUGUAUGUUUUCAUGUGUGACGAGUUCCAGAAGAAGCUGAAGCAGUCCAUAUGGUUGGUUCUAGAAAAUGCCUUAGCAGAGGACCCCUUGUCAUUUGUCCCAUCGUCUCGCUCCUUAUCGUCAUGGAUUCCGAGAAAGUCUGUUUCUGUUGCCUUUGCUGAGGGGAAAGAAGCUGAGACAUCAAUGAGCUUAACAGAAACAAAACUGACCUGCAAGGAGAGGUCAAUGAGCACUGAGGAAAACAGCCACAAACUGACUGAAAGUGUGGACUUAUAUGAAUCGCAAUGAAGUGCUCUAAACAAAGCUUGAAUUUGGACAAUAGUGUUAAUAUGUGCAGAGAAAUUAAAAGAUCUUUUUCAAUGAUUGCUUUACUUUUUUGGUUUAUGAAAUUGACAGGUGUUUUUGUAUGUGGUUACAGAGACAUUCUGAGCUAUACAGCAGGAAGUCUGAUAAAAUCACAGACCCUCUAUUUUUCACAUUUCAUCAGCAAAUGGAACUGAAACCUUAUGUGGUUUUCCUUCAGCAAUACAUUGUGCAUACAUUAAGCUUUUAAAUGGUUUUAAAAACUGUAAAAAUAGUGGAAAAUGACUUGUUUACUUCAGAACAGAUUGGACUUUUUUCACUUUUGGCUCUUUUUUCAUGUAUCUGCAUGUUUAACAAAGCUCGCAUUUUGUUGUUUAUCUACUGCAUCGAUAACAAUGUGAAAAUAAAUUUUAUGACAACAUUGAUGGAUUUUCCGGCAAUAAAAAUAUGCUGAAAAAACACUCUUGUCAUGGCAUUAAUGUUUUAUCUUACAGAAUAUAACAACAGCAAAUAAAUAAUACUCAAAAGCAGCUUGAGCAGUUAAUGGCAGAAAGUUGUGAAAGCAUCUUUGUGGUUAUCUGAAUCACAACACUCGUACUGCAGCUCUUCUUUGUAGCCAUUAGAUUCCAUAACCAUGGUAAUAAAGCACCAGCUUAACUCAAUGUUUUAGACAAUUAUGGAGAGUAAAUUCUCUAUAACACUAUGAAUUUCAUACUUCAUAUCAUGAAACAAGACAAGUCAAGAGAAAAUUUAAGUAAAUAUGGUCUGUGGUGAUGUCCAGCUCCCUGUAGGAAAUUGUUACACAUUACGACAGAAGUAGAACUGAUGUGAAAAUGCAAACUGCAGGGAUAUUCUAAACCAAAUUUUAAAUAAAACUGUGAAAUUAAUAUUGGCUAUCUGCUGAAAGUGUCAAGUCUCUCAUAAUAUACUUUUGAAUUAAAAUUGAAUAUGCAUUAGUGUUAUUUUUAGUUGUAGUAGAAGUAGUAGUUAUAGUACAAGUAUAAUACAAUCUACAAUACAUAGCGGGUCAAACUAAGGUCUGAAAAACUGCAUAAGUAAUGAAAAACUGCAAUUCAUCCCAUUUGUGUCAGGUUAUGGCAUCAAUUUAAACAAACAACUUCAUGUCAUUACAGUUUAACUUCAAAUUGAUGUGCUUUAAUACUUAAAUGUAGAUUAUAGUUCCGUUUGCUCAUUGUCAUAAUAUGAAAUCAGCUGCUGCACAUCAUAAAGUUAGUUUUGGUAAAUCAAGUCAAUCUCAAGUAUUUAUUUCUAAAACAAAUUGAUAAUUAUGGCAUAUACAGGUCCUUCUCAAAACAGGAAUGUUUUGCAGGUGUUUAGAGUUAACUCGUUGAUUCAGAUGAUUAGGUUCAUAGCUUG